GGCGUGGAGCGGAUCACUGAGGAGGACUACUUUCUCAAAGCAGGCGAGUUCCGCUUCUGGCUCAGGGAGGAGCGCGACAAGUAUCUUGACCAGCUCUCCUCCGCCGACGCCCACAAAUAUUUCCGUCGCUUUGUCCGGCGCUGGAAUGACGGCGCCCUUCCUAGAGCGUGUUAUGCGCCUCACGAGAGCACCAGCAUGCGCGCGUCUAAUAACACGGCUUACAAGUGGACGUUCACGGCGAGCUCGCGCUUCAGCUCGGUCGAGCUGGCGGGGGCGCGUGAGUCGGUCGACCGCGCAACACAUUCUAAGCCAGGCAAUGACGCCGGUGACAGCGACGAAGACAUAGGACCUGUUCCUGAGGCCUCGCCAUCACCCGGACCCCAGCUCGUCGGGCCGUCAGUUGGGCCGAGUGCCCCAAACGUGGCCGAGCGCCAAAUGGCACGCGAAGUGCAGGCUGAGAGCGAGCGCAUGGAGCGCAAUGCUGAACGUCGCGCUGGGCGCAAGGUGGUGAUUGAGCGUGUUGAGGAGCUCGCACCCCGGCAGACUGGAAAGGAAGGCCGACAGGCUGAGAAGCGCGCGACCAACCAGCAGAACAAGCAGAUGCGAGAGAAGGACGCUGCUGCUGGCCUCGAGGUUGAUGAUGACACGCUCAUGGGCGACGGCAGCAGCUUUGCAGCCGCUCUCCGUGCUAGGGACGGGGUGUCCUCGAAACGCGCGGACAGGAAGUCCGAGGAAGCUGCCGAACGGCGUGCCGCGCACGAGGAGCGUAUUGCUGAGCGUCGCGAGAAGGAGCUGGAAACUAUGGCAAUGUAA